GAGUUUAUCGGCGGAUCUCCUCAGUGCAUCGCGAUUCCGAUCUGGUGGUAGAUUGUGCGAAGUACUGCUCUUGCUAGGGCUAGUGUUAAAUUCUCUCAGGUUGAACCCAUGGGCUCACACAUACCUGUCUGGGCAUAGCUGGAAUAGCCUAUUAGGCUACCAGCGAAUAGUUACGGGAAAAAAAUCGCUUCAAUCAUUUUUCAAAAAGCAAAAUAAACCAAAGAUUAGGCUGUAUAAGGUGACACCUUCGUCUAUCCAGUUGGAAAAAUGGAACCACAACCACCUUAAUAAUUGUUAAAAGUCUAAUUUAAUCGCAUCAACAAUAUAACUAAAUACCUACUAUUUGUUACUAACAAUUUAUCACCAAUAAAAUGAACGGAAAAUUACUACGAAAUUUUAAUCCACUGGUUUCUAUCAUUCGAUCAAAAGGUUAUAAACAUCCAGGAGGUAUUCGUUACCCUGGGGGCAUAACAUACUAUCCCAGAUUCCCAGAUUACAAAGAUCCUGAAAUAACUCCAUCAAAGUUGUUCAGAGUAGAGCGAAUUAAAUCAAGCAAACAUUUUCCAUACUGGCAAAAAAGGAUAUUGGAUGAAUUGAAAAUUCAUGAGGAGACCAGAGUCACUGUGGUUAAAAAUAUACCAGAAAUCAAUGCUAAACUAUGGAAAAUCAAGCAUUUGAUUAAAAUUACACCAAUUGAAUUUCCUUAUGGAGAACCAACUGCAGAUGAUAUAAACUACACAAUCCUUAAAGAAAAUGGUCAAUGCUUGGUUACAAAAAAAUUGGAACCGGAAUUCGGCCAGAUCCAGGCCCUAGAAGAAUUUGAUAGUGAUAGAAAAAAGAUGAAUUCUACAACCAUAAAAAGAGAUACUAGACAUAGAUGGAAUACAGGAUAUGGAGGGGGAUUUUAAAUUAAAUUAGUAUGUUCAAAUAUGUAGUAUUAAAAUUAAAUAAAAUGGUUUUAUUUACUUAUAUUCAAUUAUGAGCUGAAAAUAAAUUAUAGGACCAAGUUAAA